AUGAAAAUUGUCACUUUAGAAGACACUGAAAGACUUCAGGCAGAUAUUAACAAAAUCUUCGAUUGCCCAACAGAAAAUAACAAGUUUAACUGUGACACUGAAGUGUCGAGUUGCGAGUACAUGAUCCUGAUCUUGGAGUGCUACGUCGAUCCUGUAGAAGAGUUCGUCCAGGCUUCAAGGGGAACCUCUCUCAGCUGUUCCUUGCGUGUCUGUGUAACCUCCAAAAUGAGUCGCUGCUCUACGAGGUGGACACAGAUAAACUCUUCAGCAACAUCCAGGAGAUCUACUGCGCCAACCUCACCUUCUGGAGGGAGCACAUAGUAAGAAUGCUAGAAGCGUCUAGAUCAACGCGGCAGCCGUUGGACCCCACCCUGCUUACUGAUGCCUUUUAUAAGUUCGACGAGCUGUUCCACCCGUACACGCGGUACUGCCUUGAGCAGAGCAACUGUCAACUCUAUUGUAAGGAGAAGGACCACGACAACGAAUACUUCAAGAUGUACCUUGCUUGGUGUGAGACGCAGAAGGAGUGCAACAGACUACGUCUAGUGGACAUCCUUGUGCAACCUAUGCAACGCCUGACCAAGUACUCACUUCUGCUCAAGGCCAUCCUUAAGAAGACCAACCUCGAGGAUCACAAGCUCUGCCUUCACGAUAUGAUCACGCAUGUUGAAAGCUUCGUGUCAAACGUCAACUCUGCCCUCCGACACAAGCACGAACAGGAGAGACUGCGAGACAUCGCUAAGAGAAUAGAGGCGUACGAGGCUGUGGAGGCGCGAGACGAUGAGCUGGAGAGAGUAGUGAGGAAUUACUCUGACCUGAACCUUACCCAACCCAUGCCCGGAUGCCCGGAACACCUGCCCCGGCACCUCCUUCACCACGGCGACCUCAGACUCCGCGACCCUCACACCUCCAAGAUGGAUGUCCAUGUUUUCCUCUUCACGGACCUCCUCCUCAUUACCAAGGUCACCCAGCGCAAGGCAGAGAAGGUCAAGAUUGUGCGUCCACCGUACCACGUUGAGCGGCUGGUGCUGGUGGAGCUGAAAGACAACACAUCAAUUGGUCUGGUCUCAAUUAAUGAGUGGAAUGUGGCAGUGGCGGCGUUUACUCUCCAGUGUCCAGACCAGCGGACACACAGAACCUGGUAUGAUACAUUGAAGAGAGCCAAGGAUCAGUACAAGGAGGCCCAACAGUCCCAAGAUGUGAUGGUAUACGAUGAUAUGACUUGUGUAGGUCACCUAGUUCCCCGUUCGCCUCGACCAGGGUCUUCCAGAGCAUCUCGGGUCUCAAGUCUUGCGCAUUCUCACUCCGGCUCUAUAGAUCUAAAUGAAUCUUCUCCAGCUACUCAGCAUCACCCAAGUAUUGACAUGAGUGAUGUGAGGGCGUCUAGUGCCUCCAGCGACGAUUCUGUUGCCCAGUCUGGUCCGGAAAUUCAGCGAACACGAUCUCUGGAAAGUGGCGGCAGUGGUGCUAUAUCCCCUCGACCUGAUCGCCGUCCAGGAUUCCCAAAGACCCCCAAUACACUGAGUGUGAUACCACCCUAUUCUACCGGACAGUCUCUUCCAAACCUCACUGUGGAAUCUGCCAAUUCUCUGCGUGUGCCUGGAACCAAUGGCAGCAACCCAAAAGCUCUUUCUCCAUGCACAAGAGGGGUGUCUUACCCACCUCCCUCUCCACGGACACUUCGCCGCUCGGCACCAGUGCCACAGUCCCGUAAUCCUCCAUUAUUGAAGUCCCGCCAUGUCACUUCCAUGGUUGGAUCUCCACAAGAUGUUGAUCAAGGGGAACAGGAUGACGCAACAAGAGGCCAACGUCGAACGUAUCGCAUUGACAGAAUGGAUAAUAGACGUUAUCACACUGCAGGAGCCAUUGAUGAUAUCAAGAAACAAGAUGCUAAAGAUGCGACUAUCCACAAGCGUUUGUCCUGGAACUAUGGACAAGGUCCUCAGCCCUCUAGAGAACUUGGAAAUGAUCAAGGUAAACUUGGCCGUCAUAAACAUGCUGUCAAGAACAUUUCUUGCGAGUCUGUUCACAGUUCUUCAGGCGUCUCAUCCACGUCAUCUUUACAUCGUUCUAUGGGAUCUGAGGUUGAAGCCCUUGAAAAUAUAGAUGAUAAUGAACUUGAAGAUGGUGAGGCUACUGUAGUGGACCUAACAGUGAGUGACUGUACCAGCCUAAAAAUAUCACCCCAUAUAUCUACUACAUACAUCUGCCAUGACUCUGAUAUCACCCUCGGUGUGUGCUCGCAGUACAUAACUCAACCCAAUUGUUCUCCUGAGCCUCUUGAAGGUUGUGAGAAUUUAGUGAAGAUCGAUGUGUCAGAGAUAGACCCAGGAAUCUCGUCAGUGCAGAUUACAGUUACAGAAGGUGCUGCUGCUCCUGCUGCUACCUCUUCUUCCUCUUCAAAUUUGUCCCCCACUUCUCCUUCAGAAAGCGCCCCAACGAAACCUGAAAUGAUGAGAGAAAUCCUCCUCAAUGAUGCUUCAGUUGAGGCCUCGGAUGUAUGAGAGUGGCCAUGGAUGUCCCCGAAUGAGGGACAAAGACUUUUCGUCAAAGUCACCAUGGCACCCUGAUAUCACCUCAUGGCACCCCGAUAUCACCUCAUGGCACCCUGAUAUCACCUCAUGGCACCCCGAUAUCACCACAUGGCACCAGAUGUCGCCUUAUCCAUGUGAUGUCAACCGAGUUCAUUCAGAAGAGGAUAGAAAGAGAAUACUAGUGAUUAUGUAUUAAAUAGUAUUAAUUUAUUGUGAUAAAACACUCCUUGAUUAAAGCUUAUGCUUUAAUCAAGAAACCAAAACUUAAAACGCUUCGAAUAGCCUAUCGGUGUCACUGAAGUUUCUAAACACUUCAGACUUGAACAACGAAUCUGUGUAUCGGUUACGAAAAUAAAAUUAGAUGGGUUUUAGACGGAGAAACGAGAAUAAACUCAACAUCUCGGUAACCUAUGAAUCCGAGUGACGGCUGGUGAUCUCUCUGGACAUGGAUGUGUUCGUGGCUCCAACGCAGGCCUUCCACAGUUAUGGUCUAUGUACACAAUAGAUUCCGAAGAUCUUGUGAUCAAACCACGUGUGCAACCCCCCUCAAUAGUUUUUGUACUGUACAUUCCACUCCCUUGGCAGGAAGUAUUUAUUUUAUUUUGUAAACAUUCCAUGUACCUAGGUACCUUUGUAUCUGCAAUUGUAUGUGGAUUUUGUAAGAUAUAAUUUGGUACCCUUGAGUAGAUACUGAUUAUAUAUAUAUAUGUAUGUAUGUAUGUGUAUAUAUAUAUAAUGUAUAUAUAUAUAU